AUGAAAACAAUCGUACUAAAUCCGGGAAAAUGUAUCAUUGGUCUUAAACCUAUUGAUUAUCUGAUUAUUGCAGAGACAAAGGAACCUAUAAACCGUGAAUCUCUACAUAUUGCAGAGACCCAUUUUCCACAUGGAGUUAACAAGUGUUAUAUAGAUGGAGCAUGGAAGGAACAUGAUCUUUAUACAGGGCAGGGAUGGGUCUACAGAAAAGAUGAAUCAAACGAUACUAUGAUGGGUGCAAUGUCUAUUCGCAGGAGUCUAUCACCUUUACAUGCUGAAUGUGAAGCGUUGAUAUGGGCGAUGGAGUGCAUGAAGACCCUACAAAUCUCAGAGGUGGUGUUUGCAACAGACUGUUCUCAAUUGGUGAAGAUGGUGUCUACACCGACAGAAUGGCCGGCGUUCACUACACACAUGGAGGAGUUUCUGCGAUGUAAGGAAUUCUUUCUCAACUUUACUAUCCAGCAUAUACCAAGGGCGCAAAAUACUCUGGCGGACAAGCUGGCACGAGGUGCUAGAACUUCACCAUCUGCUAUGGUUUAUGUUGACUCAGUUCCUCCGAGGUGGCUCUCGGAUCAGGAAUCUUCUUAG